AUGAACAUCCAGCAUGGAAGAAACUAUGGGGAGAAACAGAUAGGCCCAUACAAGGUAGACGGCUAUUACGAAGAAAAUGGCGAAAAUGUAGCGCUCGAGUUUCAUGGAUGCUUCUGGCAUGGCUGUCCAAAAUGUUUUUCCAAGACAACACUUAACCCAGUCAGUAUCCUUAGCAUGGGCGAAUUGUACAGCAGAACUAUGGAAAAGAGAACAUUUAUUGAGGAACAGGGUUUCAAAUAUGAAUGUAAAUGGGAAUGUGAUUUCAAGAAAGAAAUGGCGACAAACGAUGAAAUGAAAGACUAUAUUCGGACUUUGGAAAUAGUAAACUCUUUAGAGCUAAGAGAUGCUUUCUUUGGUGGACGAACGGAAGCGUUUAAGUUAUAUGAAGAGGUCACCACAGAUAAACAAAUUAAGUACUACGAUGUCACAUCGCUUUACCCAUGGGUUAACAAAGCAGGCAAAAUACCUCUUGGGCAUCCGCGUAUCAUUACGGAAAAUUUUAGAAAUAUUUCCGAGUAUGAGGGUUUAAUCAAAUGUAAGGUGUUGCCACCUAAAACUCUCCACAUACUCGUGUUACCUAUGAAGUGUAAUGGGAAGCUGAUGUUCAGUUUAUGUCGCCUGUGUACUGAGACAUAUCAUCAAGAAAUAUGUAAGCAUACCGACAAAGAACGAGCCUUUACGGGAACGUGGGUCACCGAUGAGAUAAAGGAAGCCAUUGCACAAGGAUACUCAAUACAAAAUGUCUACGAAAUUUGGCAUUUUGACGAGGUUUCCCAGUAUAAUCCAGAUACAAAAGACGGCGGCCUUUUCACUGAGUACGUCAAUACUUUCCUCAAAAUAAAACAAGAAGCUAGCGGUUGGCCAGACUGGUGUGUAGAUGAAAAAUCAAAGCAAGCAUACAUUAAACGCUAUUUCGAAAAAGAAGGUAUUCUUCUAGACUACGAUAGGAUUAUGAAGAAUCCAGGUUUGCGAUCACUCGCCAAAUUGAUGCUUAAUUCAUUUUGGGGGAAAUUUGGACAACGUACCAAUCUGACGCAAACAACAUACAUAUCUGACCCUCUUGAAUUCUUCGAUAUGAUGACCAGUGAUCAACAAAAGGUUAAAAAUAUACUCUUUGUGAAUGACGAAUCUGUCAAACUAGAAUGGACAUACAACGAUGAUUUCGUAGAGCCGUCUGCAAGAACCAAUGUCAUCAUUGCGGCCUACACCACUGCUCAAGCUCGAUUAAAGCUCUACAGUUAUUUGAAGCCUUUGGGCUCACGUGUGGCCUAUUGUGACACCGAUUCAUUGGUAUUUACAACGCGUCCGGGGGAAUGGGAUCCCCCUCUCGGUGAUUAUUUAGGAGACCUAACUGACGAGGUGUCCGGAAAUAGUAUCACAGCGUUCGUCACUGGCGGUCCCAAAAAUUACGCGUAUUCCCUUAAGUAUCCAACAAAACACGGACACUCGUUUGUUUGUAAGGUGCGGGGCAUCACAUUGAAUUUCAAAAAUUCAAUUUCCAGACGGUGA